UCUUUCUGUAGAGCUUGCGCCCGCAGCUUUCCUUCCUCUCCUUGGUUGCUGCGUGUUUUCCAGCUCUCUGAGGUUGCAUCGCAAUGCGCAUCCUCCGCCCUUUUCUCCUUACACUAUCGGUUCUCUCGUCCUAUGCCUAUGCACAGGACCUGGAUUCAGACAGUGUUCCCAAGCAGAAGCACGCAUACCAAAGCGAUGUUGCGCGGCUUCGAAAAAUCGUGAUUAACAGCCUCUAUUCACAUCGGGACGUCUUCCUUCGAGAACUCAUUUCCAACGCAAACGAUGCUCUAGAAAAGCUCAGGCUUACCAGCUUAACCGACAAACAAGUUUGGGAUGGGGCUGAACCUUUAAAUAUUUCGAUCAAAGCUGUCAAGGAUGAAGAUGGGCCUGGAGGACGUAUUAUUAUUUCUGAUACUGGUAUCGGAAUGUCACCAGAGGAGCUGACUGCUAAUCUUGGAACUCUCGCAAAAUCCGGCACCACAGAAUUCCUGCAAAAGGCAGAAAGCACUGACGGAACCAAUUCUGGAAAUCUUAUCGGUGCUUUCGGCCUUGGUUUUUAUUCCUCCUUCCUAGUGGCAGAUCGUGUUUAUGUGGCAAGUGUACCACCAAAAACUGCGCAGAAUCCGAAUCCUGUUCAGCAUGUCUUCAGUUCCUCAGCCGAUGAUAGUGCGUUUGAGGUUUACCCUGAUCCACGAGGGAACACUCUAGGAAGAGGGACGGAAAUCACUCUUAUCGUGAAGGAUGAAGCGGUUGAGUUCUUGGAUACUCAUAAGCUUCAAGAGCUUGUGAAUAAACACUCAUCCUUUUCAACUACGUUCCCUAUCUACCUCUUCCAUCAGUAUGAAGACGAAGUGCCUGUCGAGGAUGAGGAAUCACCUAGUCCCGAAGAUACAGAAACCAAAGAGGAAAUUCCUGAGGACAAGGACGAGGACGAGGCUGUUAUCGAAGAGGUCUCCGAUGACGAGUCCGAUACGAUAAAAGAGAAAGAAAAGAAGACUAAGAAAGUGAUGGUUGAUGAGUGGAUGCAUCUGAAUCCGUUGCCUCCUGUCUGGUUGAGGGACCCUAAGGACGUCACAGACGAAGAAUACUCUCUUUUGUACCAAGCGACCUUCCGUGACUUCACGCCUCCCUUGGCCUGGCAGCAUUUCUCUGGAGACACUGGCUCUGGCGUCUCUUUUAAGGCGAUCAUUUUCGUUCCUUCUCGUCUCGAUGACAAGUUUUGGUCUGAACCUCUUAAUAUCCCAACGAAGGAUAUUCGUCUCCUAGUCAAACGCGUAUUCAUCACGAACGACUUCGGUAGCGAUGAACCUCUACCUAAAUGGGCAAGCUGGGUCAAAGUCAUUAUCGACGCCGACGAUCUUCCACUCAACGUUUCGCGAGAGUCCUUGCAGCACACUAAGUUCCUUAAACAGAUCAAACAGAUCAUCGUCAAGCGCGUCAUCCAGUUGUUGACGAAGACUGCUGACGAAGACCCAGAAAAAUUCGAGAAGAUUCAGCACGCUUACGGACCAGUGAUCAAACUCGGUGCGGUCGAAAGUGCACCGAACAGGGAGAAAUUAGCUGCGCUUGCAAGGUUCCGUACGACUCAACGCGACUCCGCUUCUUUGGAUCAGUACUUGGAGAACCGUAAAAAGGGACAGAAACAGAUCUUCUAUCUCGCCGAAGUUGGCAAGCCAAUCGAUACACUGAAGAAGAGUAUCUUUGUUGAGAAACUUGACGCUCGGGGUUAUGAGGUACUCCUGCUGAAUGAACCUCUGGAUGAAGUCCUUUUCCAGAAUCUCAGGAGGUGGAAGAAAAUCGCUUUCCAAGACGUUGCUAAAGCUGGACUAAAAUUCGGUGAUGAGGAUCUUGACGCUGAGGAAGAGAAGGAACAACAGCAGGAGCUCGCCGAAAAGUUCAAGCCGUUGACCGCAUGGCUGAAGGACAAAGUACAGAAUGUUGUCAGGGAUGUUGUCAUUUCCAACAGGCUUGUCACAAGUCCUUGUGCGAUCGUCGCUGACGAACAUGGUUACACGGCCAACGUGGAGAAGCUGUUAAAUGCUGCCAACAAGAGGCAAGGUGGUGGUGGCCUUGACUUCAUGCAUGAGUAUGCGAAGAAACAGAAGCUCCUGGAGAUCAACCCUAGAUCUCCUCUCAUUCAAGGUCUUCUUCGCCGAGUAGAGCAGCUCCCUGGCGAGGAUGAGGACCGCGAUGUUGAUGCUGAGACUGAGUUGGAGGAGGUUACGACCAUCCUUAUUGACGGCGCACUCGUUCGCUCUGGAUUUGAUGUUCCUGACUCAAACGAGUUCUUCUCUCGUGUCGACAAGGUGCUUCGUAGAUCGCUUGGUGUAUCCGAGACUGCGAAGGCCGACGACUCAGUGAAGCCCGCACCACCCGUCGACCCCGAGCUUCCGUCUGACGAUGAGCUGGAGGCCGAUACUUCCUCCUCAUCUCAGCCGGUGCCUAAACCCACCACUAAGAGUUCAGGUGGCUUCCAUAUCGAACUCCCUGACGAGCUGAAGGAGCAUGUAUCUAUUGAGUUGGAAGAGAUCCUGGAUGAUGAGCCACUUCAUGAUGAGCUUUGAUCAGCGUGUGUUGUAGUCUAGAUUUAAAAAAGGGUUUUGUGUGUUUCUCGGUUAUAAAGUCAGUUCAAUAAUAAAUCGG